AUGGAGGCCGGAGCAACAAUAUCCAAAACCCCCCAUCAAGUCCAACAUCCACCACCACAACAACCAUACCAACCCCCACAACAACAAUCAUACCAACCACGAAACAACUACAACCAACAGUCUAGUGGGCCACCUAGGUUUCCUAGACAACACACAUCACCUCCACCACCACAACCUCAACCUACACAGUCUGACCCUAUGCUAGUAGAGAUGAGGAAUAUGAUGCUACAGAUGCAGAAAUCUCUAAGUGAAAAGGAUCCUAAAAUCGAUGCUCUUACUACUCACAAUAAGAUCAUUGAUACACAUGGUCUGGUUAGUGAGGAAGUCCAAGAGAUAGUCAUGGAUGGUAAGGAAGAUGAAAAGGUAUUCAGUGAGAAUGAGGCUACAACUGAGAGUCCCAUGAUAGAGGAAGAACAAUGCUAUCGAAUUGAUGUAGUCGAUUUUAUUAUGCUGGAUGCUCUAGAGUUGGCUCUUGAUGGUGGAGGGUCUGAACCGGAGAGCACCAAAUUGAAGAGACCAGUUGUCCCAACUUCUUACUGUGUUGAAAAAGCACAAAAAGGCCAUCGGGCACUAAUUUCGGCUCCUAUCAUCCGUUCUCCCGAAUGGGAUCUUCCGUUCGAGAUAAUGUGUGAUACAAGUGACUACGCAGUUGGGGCGGUUUUGGGUCAGAGAAAGGAAAAGGUGUUAGCUCCCAAGUGA